GUAUACAUUUUCACUCGGGAGAGAGCGAGAAUAUGAUUCAUUUGCGUUCGCCGCUGCGAAACCGAUGAGAUCGACCAUGGGCGAUCUGAGAAAUCCCUUUUCUCCAGAAACGCUCUGAUAGCAAAGCAGCCACAGUGGCGUGCACCUGAACUACAGUGCUACAAAAUACGUUUUGCUUUGUUGUUUUCCUCUCUCUUCGCUGGAGAAUGUGGUUGAAUCCCGAGGAAGUUUUGCUAAAAAACGCACUGAACCUAUGGGUGACAGAAAAAUCCAACGCGUAUUUCCUUCUACAGCGCAGGAGGGGGCAUGGAGAUUCCGGGGGGAAAAUAUCAGGCAUGCUGGUUGGUGCUCUGGACACAGUGUUGGACUCCAACGCCCGCGUCACCCCAUUCCGCAUCCUCCUGCAGGUUCCUGGGUCACAGGUCAGCUGGGUCAUUGCCAGCGGUACUGCAGUUGAAGAGGUUAACCAACACUGGGACUGGCUGGUCCAGAACCUCCUUCACUCCCUUUCAGUAUUUGAGAACAAGGAUGACGUCACCAGCUUUGUCAAGGGAAAAGUGAAGGGUCUGAUAGCAGAGGAGGUGAGAAGUAGGCAGGCAGUGCAAGAGGAAGACCCAGAGAAGUUCCGCGAGGCGCUGCUGAAGUUUGAGAUGCGCUUCGGCCUGCCGUCCUCUGAGAAGCUGGUCACACACUACUCCUGCUGCUGCUGGAAGGGGCGGGUCCCUCGACAGGGCUGGCUGUACCUCAGCAUCAACCACCUGGCCUUCUACUCCUUCUUGCUGGGCAAGGAAGUGAAAAUGGUGAUCCCCUGGGCGGAGGUGGUCCGGCUCGAGCGGGCCUCCACCAGCUUCAUGACGGACACCAUCCGCGUGACCACGCGCCGCCGGCAGCGCGACUUCUCCAUGUUCCUGAGCCUGGAGGAGGUCUUCAGCAUGAUGGUGCGGCUGGCUGACAUCACACUGCGCAGGCUGCUGGACAACGAGGCCUUCGAGCUGGACCAGGUCCUGCAGCAGCCUGCGCACAUCACCAAGAGGGUCCUGGAGCAGCAGGCUCUGAAGGAGUACGUCCUGGCACUGUUUUGGCUGCCCCGCCGCGAGCGCCUGCAGGAAGUGGCGGUGUGCUCCAUGUGGACGCCCCACGCCCGCUGCCACACCCCCGGCACGCUGUACACCACCGACAGCUACCUGUGCUUCGCCAGCCGGGAGGAGGGCCUCUGCAGCCUGCUCAUACCCCUCUCCGAGGUGGUCUCCAUUGAGAAGGCGGAGAGCACGUGCUCACUGCCCAACCCGGUGAUCGUCAGCGUGCGCAGCAAGCGGGCGUUCCAGCUGAUCGAGCUGCGCGAGCGGGAGGAGCUGGUGGAGAGCCUGACCAAGCGGCUCCGCGCCGUGCAGUGGAGGCAGGCCGUCUUCCGCAACAAGGAGCCGCGCAAGAAGUCCCUGAUCAGCCCAAUGCCAUACUACACCUUCUACUACGACACCAUGUACUCUGAGGAGGCGGGGUCUGCAGAGAAAAAUGUACGACAGGAGAUGACCACAGAGGCUCUGAUAUCCACCUUCCAUAACACCCAGCCUGACUCCCCCAGCAACAAGUCUAGCAUGGAACAGGUGAAGGUGCGUCUGUGGGAGGACCACUUCUCUGAGUAUGGCAGGGGGGUGCACAUGUUCCGCACUGAGAAGAUCCAGAAGCUGGUCGCCAUGGGGAUCCCAGAGGCCCUUCGGGGAGAGCUGUGGAUGUCCUUCUCAGAUGCUGCCUCUGAGCUAACGGCUCAUCCGGAUUAUUACGCCAAAUUACUGGAGGAGUCUAUGGGACAGAGCAGCCUGGCCACAGAGGAGAUUGAGAGGGACCUCCAUCGCUCCCUGCCCGACCACCCGGCCUUCCAGAAUGAAGCUGGCAUCUCCGCCCUUCGCAGGGUCCUCACCGCCUACGCCCACCGAAACCCCAAGAUCGGCUACUGUCAGUCCAUGAAUAUCUUGGCCUCCGUGCUGCUGCUGUACUGCAGGGAGGAGGAGGCGUUCUGGCUGCUUGUGGCCGUGUGUGAAAGAAUGCUGCCUGACUACUUCAACCGCAGAGUCAUCGGUGCGCAGGUGGAUCAGUCUGUGUUUGAGGAGCUGAUCCGGGAGCGCCUGCCGGUGCUGGCGGAGCACAUUCCCGACCUGUCCCCGCUGUCGUCGCUCACCCUCUCCUGGUUCCUGACGCUUUUCAUCAGCGUGCUGCCCUUCCGCAGUGCCAUCUGCGUCGUCGACUGCUUCUUCUACCACGGCAUCAAGGCUAUCUUCCAGCUGGGCCUGGCAGUGCUGGACGCCAACGCCGCCGCGCUCUGCGCCAGCACCGACGACGGCCAGGCCAUCAUGGUCCUCACCAGUUUCCUGGACCAGGUGAAAAAUGAUGAGGACCCCUCCCCCUCAUUGCAAGGUCAGAGCACUGACGCAGAUGGAGAGUCAUUACCACAGCAAAUGCAGAUUGCUGACCUCAUCAGAGAUUCCUAUGAGAAAUUUGGAGAUCUGACGGUACCACAGGUGGAACAGCUGAGAUGCAGACACAGGAUUCAAGUACUACAGGCGCAUGAAGAUACCACCAAGGAGAAUGCUCUCAGGGUUGUGACCCCUGAUGUGUCCGUCUCCCCAGAGGACCUGGCAGAUGUCUAUGACCUCUUCAAGACGGAGUACUUCAUCAACCUGUACUGGGGUGUGGGCGCGGGCGGCUCGCUGAAGCACCACGACCCGAGCCUGCCCUACGUGGAGCAGUACCGGGUGGACCGGGCGCAGUUCAAGAGCCUGUACCAGCUGCUGGCACCGUGGCUGUGCGGAGUCCACACCGACAACGUCGCCAACCGCACCUUCAACCUGCUGGACCAAGACCAGCUCUCCCUCAUCAACUUCCGACAGUUCGCUGGGUGGCUGGACACGCUGUAUAGUGGGGAGCUGAAUGACAAGAUCCGUCUGCUGUACCGCCUGCACAUCCCACCAGCUCUAACUGAAAAUGAGGAUGAUCCCUCCCCCCUGAAGUCCCCCCUGCUAUCCACCACCAGGCCCCUGUAUGUGGAGUGUCCAAAUGGGGAGAUGAUGGACUAUCAGGAGCAGCUGAAGCAGAUGCUGAGGGAUCUGGUCAAGGAGAAGGAGGGGGACGUGGAGAAGCCCCUACCCAUGAUGAACCAGAGGGAGUUCAUUCAGUUCUGCAAGACCCUCUACAGCAUGUUCCACGAAGACCCCAACGAGAACGAGCUCUUCCAGUCCAUUGCAACGGUCACCAGCCUGGUGCUGCAGAUCGGGGAGGUGGACCACAAGAGCAGGUGCUCGAGAGAGGCGAUGCCCCAGGAGGCGGCAGGGGCACAGGAGGGGGGUGCGGGGAGCGCGGAGCAGCCCCUGGGCGACACUGGCCCGUCCCAGGCCGGCGCCGUCCAAUCGGAGAGCGAGUGGACGGUCAGCUUCGCCCAGAUCCUGGCCUCGCUCCUUACCGAGCAGUCGCUGGUCAACUUCUUCGAGAAGCCCGUGGACUUCAAGGCCAAGAUCGCUGCCGCCAAAACGAAACAGUACCAUGAGCGGGUCAGCCUCCUGAUGAUCCAGCAGGGACCCGGCUGAACCGAGCUGAACCACAAGCAGAGACAUCUCGGCCCCGUGUGGGUCGACCGCCUGAUCAGUAUGCCACCUUAUAAUCACUGGUUUCUGAUUGUUGAUGAGCCUUUAGCUGUCCAUCCCACUAAGUCGGUUCAAGAAGCGUCUACGUGCCUAUACUUAAACACUGACAGGCUAUGGGUAGCAAACAGAAGGAAGGGCAAAUAGGGGAAAAAAGAGGGAUUGUCUCUUUAGAUUUGGAACCCUCCCUCAUUCGAUGUAGCAGCCUUGACAUAUGUGAAUUGACCGGAAUUGGAAGAAUCCAGCAUGGAGGAAGCACACACACACUCUCCAUACACAACACAUCCUUCUGUUUGGAUUUCUGCCGUACCUUCAUUGCAUAAUGCACUACAAAAUUACUGCAGCACGAGUGGUCUUUUUAAAAAAGAUUUUCUUUUAAAUGAAACAGUCCAACAGGAGCCGUCCCUCUUUCACAUUGGUACACUUUCAGGAAAGAACAGUAUUAAAUCUUUAAUUCCCUUAGCUUUAAGCUGUGAGACAAAAAAUGUUAAAUGGGGUCAUUGUUGGAGAAGGCAUUGCAAUGUAGAGAGGGAAGAGAGACAAUGAGGGCUGCACUAUCUGGAGAGGGGCAUUGCUGGUUCGAGUCCCAAAGUCACGUGCAAGCCCUUCAUAGCCAAAGAAAGUAGUUCUUGAUCCCUUCACCAAUGUGACACAGGCCCAACUAUGAGAACACAUAUAUCAUAUGUCCUAAUGUAGCAUGCAGCACGUAGGCUGUUAGUAUUUCAUGGAAGGUGGUGCAUCUCCUCAUACUACAAAAUAAUUUCUGUUUACUCUUCUGACCAACUCUGCUAAUGUGAGACGGCCAUUUUUCCCCUUGGCACCAAGUCAGCUGGGCCGUGCCCGUAUGCCGAUUCGUCUGCAGGUGUGAGUAAAGGCUGAUUGGAGGAGAUGGUCAUCUUACCUAGGUGAAGUCCGUCCCCCUCUCCCUUUUAAAACAAAGUGCCAGUAGGAACUUUCGCCAGAAGUCGUCCAAAGGAAGUUUACAAUAUACAUCAAUAUGGAAGCAAGGAAACAUUGAGUAUCUGUUGUUAGUUGUUGAGUAUCAGUCCAUUGCCUUUUAUAUUGUUGAAUCGUAUAACUUUACAUGGGAACACACUGCAAUUGUGUAGCCUCACAACGCAGUUUUAAAAUGCCUUCUUUCAAAGCAGAAAAGCAUAGGAUUUCUGAGGAACUCUUUACCUGAGAAUGGACAUGUGACAUGCAUAUGUAACAUGUUUUACGCUGUCUUUUCCUUCCUAACAUGCACAGCUGCCUUAUUGGAAAAUAGUUUUAUUUUAAGUCUGAUGCAAAUGGAAUGUCAUUUUUUAUUUCUACUUGAACCUUUGAAUUAUGCAGCAGUAGUCUGAGACUGACAGAACAGUUUUGGGAAGUGACUUCAGGUGAAAGGAGUACGAAAGUUCUAAUGCAGCCGAUGCGUAACAUUUUUUUCCAAUGUAGGGCAGUCAGACUUGGUUUGUUAGCUAGGAGCAAAUUGCUAAGUAGCGAUUAGAAGUUCUGUAACUCCUCCCAGAAUGUGAAGCAGUAGUGAUGGGAGAGUGAGGCUUCAUGAAUCCCAAAACGGGUGGAGCCGCUAUGUGUUAUGGUGUUUACACCACCUCGUUCUCCCAGCACAAUGCAGAAGCCUGAUACAUUAAACUAAAAUCCAAGUCUGUAUGGUCUCAUGCUGUGACUGCCUUAAAAUCCAAAUCUACAUCAGGACCAGAUUAGUGAGAUCCAAUCAGGAGCCAAAGAAUCACCUCUGGUUUUGCUGUGGUCACUUUAUUUUCACCCAGAUCGGUGUAGAAUGGCAUGUAAAUUGCACAAUAUAAAGAGGUCUUGUGAUUUUAUUUUCAACGAGUUCCUUUUCUACAAGUGCUGUUUUUUAAUGAUUUACUUAACAUUAAAAUCUCUGCCUCCACAAAUGUGUCCUCUUUGGGUUGGAUCUACCCCCUCAGAGUUACCAAUAAUGCA